GUCUGGCAAGAACCAGACAUGUCUCAGUGCUACAAUACAGAGAGGAUCACUCAACAACUAAAGAACAUCACAAGUGAAGAUAUCAAUGAAGAAUGCUGGACAUUAUAGAAGCAAUCACUGAAGAGAUUCCACUGAAAGAGCAGCAACUCACAGCUUUAUAUUCUAAUCUUGGCAUUGGUGUUAUCAAAGUGGAGAAGUACACGUUCAAUGGGGCUGUCUAUGGUAUUUCAUUUGGAAAUAAUGGAACUGAAGCUAUGACAACGAUACAAAACUCAAAUUCAAACCUACAGGUAAAAGAUACGGCAAACUUCAUUUCAUUAGGAAGGAGCUUAUUAACACACAUGAAAGAAGGAGAAGAAUCAAAAUGGUCACGAAUGACCUUUUUUUCUUUGCGGGAGGAUAAGCUAUAUAGGGUAAUACAAAAAUCUAGAACCAAAGCAAUCACAAAAAUUUACAGUAAUGUUAUUGCUGCAAGUAUUCCUAACAUUCGAAUAACCAAUCUUGAUGAACCAGUAAUUAUCUCAUACAAUUUAAUAAAUCAGAUUGCCACCAAACCACAGUGUGUUUAUUGGGACCAAUCUCCUGGACAGGAUCCCCGUUGGUCAACGAAAGGCUGUAUUACAUCCGAGUAUGUACCUGGAGAGAAAGUACUCUGUUCCUGUAACCAUCUGACAAGUUUUGCCCUGCAAAUGAUUGAAGAAAAUACAAAGAAUAUCCACUUCAUAUCAAACGUUGGCUGUGGAAUAUCGUUUGUCUUUCUCGUUCUUACAGUAAUACUUCAUGUUUCUUUCAAAAAUCUAAGGAAAUUAAUGGCUUCAAAGAUUUUAGUAUGCCUGUGCAUUUCUCUAGCUGUCAGUAAUCUUAUCUUUCUUGUUGGGAUGCAAGAAUAUGCAACGACAAAACCAGCUGCUUGUAAGGCAGUGGCUGCUCUCAUACAUUACUUCCUUAUGACAUCUCUUAUGUGGAUGACUGUAGAAGUACUUCAAGUUUGCCUUGCUGUGGAUGUUAUAUCACAAACUGUUCAGAGAUCUUUUAUGAUAAGGAGUUCAAUUCUGGCCUGGGGUCUUCCAAUGAUCAUUGUCGCAUUUACUCUGGCAAUUAACUACACCAACAAUUACAUCAGAAUUGAACAAAUAUGUUGGUUAUCAGCGGUACCGUUCUAUACUGCUCUUGUGGCUCCCAUGGGGAUCAUUCUCAUCUUCAACAUUUUUAUCUUCUCUAUUGAUGUCUGGUACUUAAUGACAUUAGAAACUAACAUGACAUUUAAACUCGAAACAAAACGAACACGUAUUUUGGGCAUCGUUGGCGUGUUUGUCCUGUUCAGUGCGGCGUGGAUCUUAGCAUUCUUGAGUUUUGGUGAAACAGAUGAAGUGUUUACCUUGCUCUUUGCCAUAUUCAAUAUGCUUCAAGGAAUGUUUGUCUUCUUUUUCUACUGUAUAUACACGAAAAAUACCAGAUAUGUCAUUUUUUCAUGUGUACAUAAAUGAAAGGAGGCGAAUACCAGA